UUUUUAGGUGAUUUUACCGCUGAGACAUGGACUCUCCAGCAUGGAUGUUCACCAAAGCUUUGUCACAUCGUCAGAAAGUCUGUCGACUCUACAGAAGAGCUUUAAGAGAAGUAGACAACUGGUAUGGUGGUGACAACUUGGAGAUGCGUUACCAGAAAGUUAUUUUACGAGCAAGAUUUGACGCGAACAAGGACGAAAAGGAUAUGCGGAAAAGCCAGUUCCUUCUGGCCGAUGGCUGUCGGCAGCUGUGGGAAAAGAAGCACUGGAAACCAUUCAACUACCCACUUGACCCCGGAGGCAGUAGUUACGAUCGAGAGCGGGAAUCACCUGACGUGAUGUUGGAUUCAGACCAGUGGACUCUGGCAGAACGCGAACAAUUCCCUUACUACUUUAAUAAGCGAGAACAGCGGAAGAAGGAGCUCCUGAGCCACUGGUCCAAGAUCGAAAAAGCAUGGGAUGAUGAGAUCGCUUCAAUUCAGACGGAGAUACCCAAGGAGAAAUCCAAUGUGAAGGAUGUUUGACGUUUAUGGUUAGGCUAUACUGUUUGUGCCCAUAGAAUCACAGCUCUUUUGUCUAUAGAAAAUUAGUAAAGUAGUAUAAAGCAUACGUGCGAUA